CUACUCUCUAUCGAUUGUUUUUGUUUCAUUGGUUUCAGGCACCAAACGUCGCAUCGAUCAGCAACUGACAUCAACUUUGCGAAAGAAAAAGUACGUAUAUUACGUUCUUGAGCAAUCAAAACAAUUAAAUUUUAGUGCGAAUUACAAUGAAGUUUCUCUACAAAGAAGAACAUCCAUUUGAAAAAAGGAAACUGGAAGGAGAAAAAAUAAGAAGGAAGUAUCCUGACAGGGUACCAGUAAUUGUUGAGAAAGCACCGAAAGCAAGGAUUGGUGAUGUUGACAAGAAAAAAUACUUGGUACCAUCUGAUUUGACAGUUGGACAGUUUUAUUUUCUUAUCAGAAAAAGGAUUCAUUUGAGGCCUGAAGACGCAUUAUUCUUUUUUGUGAAUAAUGUAAUUCCACCUACAUCUGCAACUAUGGGUUCUCUGUAUCAGGAGCAUCACGAAGAGGAUUUCUUCCUGUAUAUAGCAUACUCUGAUGAAAACGUAUAUGGUUCCGAAGAGUAAUUUUCUUUUCAAUUAACUUCAAUGUAUCAAAUUUCGGUUCAUAUAAAUGAUUGGUUAUUUUAAAUAUUUAAAUGUAUAAUUUGGAGAUAUUGUCAAGUAUUUCUUGAUUGAAAGUAUCUAGUUUUUAUUAAAGGGCUCUGACUUGAAUUGGGUUAUUAUGAUAUAAGUGCACAUAUUAUUUUGAGUGUGUUAACAAAUAGGUUAGGUAGGUUAAAUCAAAAAAACAUAUUGGAUAAUGAAACUAGUAGGUGUUAGUUCAUGUGAUCUAAGAAUGAAAUUGGUUAAAAAUAAAUAAUUACCUUCACAAAC